CGGCGGCGGCGGGGCGGGACUCGGAGGACUAUGCCGCGGGAAAUCAUCACCCUGCAGUUGGGCCAGUGUGGCAAUCAGAUUGGGUUCGAGUUCUGGAAACAGCUCUGCGCCGAGCAUGGCAUCAGCCCCGAGGGCAUCGUGGAGGAGUUCGCCACUGAAGGCACAGACCGAAAAGACGUCUUUUUCUACCAGGCAGACGAUGAGCACUACAUCCCCAGGGCGGUGCUGCUGGACCUGGAGCCCCGGGUGAUCCACUCCAUCCUCAACUCCCCCUAUGCCAAGCUCUACAACCCGGAGAACAUCUACCUGUCGGAGCAUGGCGGCGGCGCGGGCAACAACUGGGCCAGCGGAUUCUCCCAGGGGGAGAAGAUCCACGAGGACAUCUUUGACAUCAUAGACCGGGAGGCGGACGGCAGUGACAGUCUGGAGGGCUUUGUACUGUGUCACUCCAUCGCUGGGGGGACAGGCUCCGGCCUGGGCUCCUACCUCUUGGAACGACUCAAUGACAGGUACCCCAAGAAGCUGGUGCAGACAUACUCGGUGUUCCCCAACCAGGACGAGAUGAGCGAUGUGGUGGUGCAGCCCUAUAACUCACUGCUCACGCUCAAGAGGCUGACCCAGAACGCCGACUGCGUGGUGGUGCUGGACAACACGGCCCUGAACCGCAUCGCCACCGACCGCCUGCACAUUCAGAACCCAUCCUUCUCCCAGAUCAACCAGCUGGUGUCCACCAUCAUGUCGGCCAGCACCACCACCCUGCGCUAUCCCGGCUACAUGAACAACGACCUCAUCGGCCUCAUCGCCUCGCUCAUCCCCACACCGAGGCUGCACUUCCUCAUGACCGGCUACACCCCCCUGACCACCGACCAGUCCGUAAGGGCAGCCCUCAGAGCCCAGGCUGAACUGGUCCUGGCCUGGCUCUUCGAGCGGACCUGCCGCCAGUACGACAAGCUGCGGAAGCGGGAGGCCUUCCUGGAGCAGUUCCGCAAGGAGGACAUCUUCAAGGAGAACUUCGACGAGCUGGACACGUCCCGGGAGGUGGUGCAGGAGCUCAUCGACGAGUACCACGCGGCCACGCGGCCGGACUACAUCUCCUGGGGCACCCAGGAGCAGUGAGUGCCCUAGACAGGGACCCGCAUCGGCCUUACCGGUUGGUCCAGGCCCCUCCUGAGUGACUGCCCCCUCAGCACAGAGCAGGGCCGUCCUGUGCCGCCGCCUCCCACACACACCCUCCUCUGGGCCUGGAGCCACGGUUCUCUUCCUCUAUCGAGGCAAUUUAAUAAAGCAUUAGUGACCAGUCAAGUCACUAUCUCAUUGGAAA